AUGAUUCAACAACCACCACAACAACGUGCACAAAAAGUAACAUCCAAGGUCUCUUCGAAAUCACAACAACCAACAAACACUGUUUCCUUUCCCAAGAGCAGCACAUCUACAAUGACAUUACCACCUCGGAGCGUAGCACACUACAACAAAAUUCAAAAACCUCACAAAACAACUCCCAAAACCACCUCAGAGUUUUUCUUUCAUAGCCCGUUCACCAUUCACGAGGCGAACUGUUUCAUGUGUGUUUCGAGAAAAGCAAGGAAAGUUCAAACCAUGCCCUAUGAACAAGUGUUAUUGGAUUUUGUACAGACCACCAAUAACCAAGAAUUGACACCCAUUCGAUCCAGAAAGACCAAUGGUAAACCAAAAGAGAGCACACCAAUACCCUCAUUCACCAUGAAGAAUGAUAUUCCUUCCAACAUGUUUACCUCUCGAUCGAAUGCUGAUGGUUUUUCUGAAGCAGUUAACACCUCCAUUCCACGUCGACAACAACCUCAGACCACCACCACUCAAUGUUCAACCAGUACAGGUGAAGCAUCCCAAAGACGAAGAAGUUUCCUUUUGACUCAUUGUUGUAUGGACGAUGAUUUGCUGUGUCAUGAUGAAGAAUUGCAAAAACAAUCACCGUUAAAGGCAACAAAGUCAGAAGAAGUGAGGCCUAUCUUGAGGCAUUCUACAAUACCCUCUGCAAUGCAAAGACCUCAAAGACGAAUGUUGUCAAUAAACGAGCUUUUGAAUUAA